UCCCAGUUUGGUCCCCACGCUUGAAACACCAACCGGCGCGGGGCAUGCUGCAAUCCGAUUUGGAAACGGAACGAAAAGCUUCAAGGAAGAAGGCGAGAAAUGUGCUGCCAGACAGACUCCAACGGCCGAAGGACUCCAUUUCCCAGGGUGCAGUCGGCGGCUGGGAGGUGCGGCGAGUAGGCGGGGUUUCACCUUGCCCGCCCGCCUCGGUACGCCCAGCGCUGAGCGGAGGCGCGCACAGGCUGUACUUACUAAUACUCAAAAGGAUAGACUGGGCUGCUGGGCGGACAGGUGCGGGUAUGGAGAGCCGACCAGGACCUCGAUAUGCGCUGGGCGCUUGCUGUCUGUUGGGUCUCUUCUACAACCCGGUGUUGUCGUCUGUGCUGCGGAGCAGAAGUGACGGACCAAUCAUUGGGGUACUGGCACAGGAAACUGACUUUAAAAGCUUCCAGAAAUUUGGAAGUUCUUAUAUUGCUGCUUCAUAUGUGAAAUUUCUUGAAUCCGCUGGAGCACGGGUAGUACCAGUAAGACUAAAUCAUUCAGAUCAUGAAUAUGACAAAAUUUUCCAUUCCAUCAAUGGGAUACUUUAUCCUGGAGGUGGUGUUAGCCUCAAGACGUCGGAAUUUUCCAGAGUCGCUAAGAUAUUCUACAAUAAAGCAAUAGAGGCUUAUGAGAGAGGAGACUAUUUUCCUGUAUGGGGGACGUGCUUGGGCCACCAGUUGCUCAGCUAUCUCACCAGUGGGGAAGACUUGCUCACUUGGACUAACACGGAUGGAUUUUCAUUCCCACUGAACUUUACUGAAGGUGCCAAAGGCAGCAGGAUGUUCCAGGAUUUCCCAGACAGUUUGUUGCAAUCAUUAGCUACUGAGCCUCUGACUUCAAAUUUUCAUUUCUGGAGCCUUUCGGUGCAGAACUUUACAAAUAAUGAGAAGUUGCACAAAUUCUACAAGAUCUUGACAACGAACGUUCAUGCCGGUGUGGAAUUUAUAUCCACCAUGGAAGCUUCAAGAUACCCAUUUUAUGGUGUCCAGUGGCAUCCAGAGAAAAAUCCAUUUGAAUGGAAGAACUCAACAGGCAUCCCACAUUCCCGAUCUGCUAUAAGAGCAACAUAUUACAUAGCUGAUUUCUUCGUUAAUGAAGCCCGGAAGAGCAACCAUCGGUUUCCCAGCAAAAAGAGUGAGACGGAUGCAUUGAUUUAUAAUUUCAAUCCUCUCUUCACUGGAAGAUUUUCAUCAUUUGAGCAAGCUUAUUUCUUUGACUAAAUUCUCAACCAGGUGGCUUUUACCUGCAGCACGUUUCAGAAUUAAACUGAUAGAGUGCAUUGUGAACAGCAAAAAGUCACUCUGCUUAUGGUUCUUCCUAAAUUCUUUUUCUAACGUUCGCUGUGGAGUCCCACUUUCUGUUCUGCAAUGGCACAAUCCUCUGAGAAGAUCUUGUGUGAAAUGAAGGGGAUCUGUGCAAGAGCACUGUAAUUAGUAAUGUUUGCCCAGGAUAAUUUCUAAGCGGCCCAUCCUGCAAGUUGCUAAUUCAGUGAGAAAGGACUGAAAUUGUCGGGUGCUGCUCCUACAGGAGUGCUAUAUCUCCUGUCUUCAGGACAAGAGAAGAGGCUGGUGGCUUGUGUUCAUAGCCUACACUCUUUCGAUUCCACUCCUCAGAUGGCUGGUUCACAGCAGAAUUAUGCGUGUGAAGACAUAACAGGCCUCCCUGCACACACCCUAAUUCUGAAUUAGUUUGCAGUAAAGUUCUACUUGAGAAUGUGGGUGGAAUUUCAGUGUUCUAUUUAACACUGUUGCUAUGAUUGAACUAUUAGCAUUUUAUUAAAUGAAAUUGAAGAGGCCAGUCUUCACAUGAAUGGGAAUGAAUGAAUUUACCUCAUGAUGAAAUUAGUGCUAAAAAAAAAAAAAUCUUGGCGGAAUGUAUGAUCUUGAUGGGUUUCCUCAUAUGUUACCGUAGCUGACAUCCAGGGUAGCACUGUGCUGGUGGAGCAGUGCUGAGUUCCAGACUACCACUGUGCUAUUGCAUGGACAGGAAGAGGUGAUUUUCAGCAAUCUCCCCUUGCCCCUGAAGCCUAUUGUAUAUCAUGAAAAUAUGUCCUUGAGGGUUGCGGUAGUCUGGAAAUCAUCACUGCUGCAUUUGAAUGUCAGCCACUAUUAUUAAUGGCAAGAUGUAAAGGUUCUCAGGUAGUCAACCUUCUGAAAAAGAAUGUUUUUCCUUAUGCACACUGAGCCACCUACUAUUGAAUACUUUCUUUAAUUGGCUGACAGCACUGCUCAGCAGCAGUUGUGUUUGAAUUGCUACCUAUUGUACAUCCAUAUUGAACAUUCCAAGGUGAAGUUUACUGAAUAGUAUUAUCACAAACUAGGAUUUCUAUUGAAAAGCUGGAUCCCUGUCUAAAACAUAUGAGUUCUACUUCCCAUUUCUGCUUCACUCCCAUUCAACUGAAAAGUCUAGUAAAAGCCAUUACAUUCCUGAAGAUCAUUUGGUCUUUGGACUAGAUGGCUUUGUUUUGUAAAACGUUGUUGGCAUUAGGAUUGUGGGCAGUGCCCACAAUCCUAAUGCAGGCAAUUCCUAUAAUUGCUUAUGAAAAGGGAAAUCUCUGUGCUUGGAUGGGGCACAGGCUUAAUUUCACAUUUUCUGUCGAUUUAUUUGCUGUUUGUUUAUAUUGAAAUAUAUCUUGUCUUUGAGAACCCACAAGACAGCUUGCAACAAUGUAAAACAAGAACUGAGUCAGAAAGCAGCAUUCACUAAAAUAGAACAGAAAUUUAAUACAAAUUAAAAACCACCUUUAAAGAGAUGUGUUUUUAUCUGUCAGGAUCCAGCUUUAAAGAACAUAGGGCUACUGAUUCCUCAUUGUAACUGUGUUUUAUAAAUGCACUUGGAUCUAUCGUGACUCCUACAACUAGCUGGGAUCAAAACUGAAGACCUGGAUGUAAAAUACAUAUGCAAUGUAAUGCAGUAUUAUUUGUUGUUGCUGUUUAGCCCAUUAGUUUACUGCAGCCCUUUUUUCCUCUUGGUUUUUCAACUAGGUACCUGAAUGGAAGGAGAUACCGUUUGAUUCCUUAUCUAUUGAAACCAUUUUUACUUUCUAAUAAAGGAAGCUACAAUAGCUUUAA